AUCUAAGCCUGGCCGCUGAGUGCCGGCAGCUGGAGCAGAGAAAGGGGAACUUGCCCCCUUCUGUGAGUCGAAAACUCUACUUUGACACCCACGCUUUGGUGUGCUUACUUGAAGCAAAUGGGUUUACCACUCAACAAGCAGAAAUCAUUGUAUCUGCAUUGGUCAAGAUCACAGACACCAGCAUGGAUAUCGUCUACAAUGAUAUGGUCACCAAGGUGCAGCAGGAAAUCACUCUUCAGCAAAUAAUGUCUCAGAUUGCUAAUGUGAAAAAAGAUAUGGUCAUCUUGGAGAAGAGUGAGUUCUCAGCCCUCAGAACAGAAAAUGAGAAAAUAAAACUUGAACUACAUCAGCUAAAACAGCAAGUGAUGGAUGAAGUCCUCAAGGUCCGGACAGAUACCAAAUUAAACUUCAAUCUAGAGAAGAGCAGAGUAAAAGAAUUGUAUUCAUUGAAUGAGAAGAAGAUGCUGCAACUCAGGACAGAAAUGGUGUCUCUGCACGCCCAGCAAGACAGAGCCCUGACCCAGACAGACAGGAAGAUAGAAACCGAGGUGGCUGGCCUCAAGACGAUGCUGGAGGCACACAAGCUUGACACGAUCAAAUACUUAGCAGGGUCUGUGUUUACGUGCCUAACAGUAGCUCUGGGAUUUUACCGCCUGUGGAUAUAAUAAAGUGUCUAUUUAAAGAAAUUCCCAUUGUUUUGCCUUAAGAGUACCAGAUUGGCCGGGCGGUGGUGGUGCACGCCUUUAAUCCCAGCACUCAGAAGGCAGAGACAGGCAGAUCUCUGUGAGUUUGAGACCAGCCUGGUCUACAAGAGCUAGUUCCAGGACAGCCUCCAAAGCCACAAAGAAACCCUGUCUCGGAAAACCAAAAAAAAAAAAAAAAAUGAGUACCAAAUUGUUGUCCCACCUACCCCACCCAAUCCAUUUUCCUUGUUUCAACUUUUAAUCCUAAUUUGACUUGAUGCAUAUUAUUUAUUUCUAUGCAAACUGUGGAUCCAUAACCAAGGUGAAGAAGUCAGCAUUUCUGUAACUAUUCUUCAGAGCUCCUCUCUUUAGUUGGCUUUUGGACUGAGCUGUGUAGACCGAGCUUUCAAGACUCCAUUCAACUGAACGAUGGACUUGGUCUAGCCUGCAGUAUAUGACAAAAAUAAAUCUAGUAGAGUCCUCUACAGCUUUGAAGACAAAGUGGCUUUAACUCUGAAGAGUCAUUGGAAUUCAACCCAGAAUACCAGCUCUUGGCUGCCUCAUCAGCAUCCGAUCCCGCGCAGCCCUGCUUCUGCUGUGCAGCUGCGGUGUUAAUGAUGCAGUGCUGGUGCACCUUAGGGGCCUUUGUCUUUGGGUUUUCAUUGUCUUCGUAACAUUGCCGUGGUUGUUGUUAAUGUGCCUUGCAGCUGGGAGGCUCGGUACCCAAUGAAGCUUUGUAAUUCUAGCACGAGUUCUUCUAUUGCUGCCACUCAUGCUCACCUUUCUGGUUUUCAGACAAGGUCAUGCUAUUCAACCCAGGCUGACUUUGAACUCAACAGUCCCCGUCAGCGCCACCAUGCCUGACCUCUUUCCCUUUCAGAAUGCUGACUUUCCUCCUCCCUCUUCAGCCUCUUACUCUCUUUCACGAUGUGGGAGUUAACACCACACGUGGCAUGACUUAGCUAGAAAAUUUAGAAUUGUUCUGAUGAAACCCUGCUUCUGUCUGUGGUUUGAGUGAACUGCCUUCUGUUUGUUCACCUGGGUUUGUUGUUGUUGUUGUUUUUUAAGAAAAUGACACUCUGCACUUUCCUCUCCUGGGAUAUCUAUAGUGUGCACAGCUUUUAAAAUGAGUAUACCAGUGCCUGUGAGACGCUCAGGUUGUCACUUGCCCAGUGAGAGAGCCACCCUGCUUGACAUUGGCCCCAUGUGCAUUGAUUGCUUUGUGGCCGAAGAUACCCUCACAGCCACCUUUCCUCUAUUUAAAACAAGCUGAUCCUGGGUGCCGAAGGGGUUUUUCUGGAGAAGCUCGUUCUCCUCUUAUCUAAGUUGUUGGCACAUGGAUGAGAGUGAGCAUUUGGGAAGCAGUGACACCGAGGGACCCUUCCUGUCUUUCCCCACACAGGCACAAAUGCACAAGCUGGUACCCAGUGCAGAAACCCCAAGAGACUGUGCCAUCAGAUUUGUGGAAUAAAUCAUCCCUUGUCACUGUUCCAAACACAUUGCUAAAAAUAAAAGCUACCUCUUGUUCUUUGGAUGUAAUUUCCAAGUUUUAGAAAUCAUUAAGCUCUUGCCUCUUUAGAAAACAUUUAUGUUAAAAGAUUCUGAGCCCCACAUAAUACUGAAAUCAAAUGCUUUUGUAUUGGAACAGUAUCAGGGUGCAAUAGAAGUUAUCCUUUUCAAGUAGACAAAAAAAAAAAAAAGUCUUAAGCACCUAAUACAAUACUUAGUUGAUGUAUUCUCUCCCCCUUUCAAAAAAGAGUCCCCAAAGUCUGCCCAGCCAGCAGGCCUCCAUGGGUGCCGUUCCAUCUAGACUACAGUUAACUGCUUCAUAUUAGCACAGCUUUGGAGAAAGGGCUCCAGGCCCAGAUAUUAUCUCGUGGAGGAAAAAGCAGCACGGUGCGCAGUUAUGUUUCCCAGUGGAUACGUCCCCUCGUAUCCUGAUCAAGUAUUCUUUAGAAACACUUCCUUAUGUCUGCUUAGAGUAUUCCACAGCACUCCUGGUCUCAGCUGGCUGUGGCGCUGUUGAUUUUACUUUACUCUAGCGUUUUCUGUAGCACAAUAGUCUUAUUUGGCCUUAGAAACUGCUGUCAUUGAGGGUGUGGGUGUCUUGCAUAUCUGAAGUUUAGGAGAGUUCGGGGCUAUGUUCCCUUUAUUUCCUAAUAAAGUUGAAAAGCAUUGAGCUAAAAAUAUACAUGUCCUCCCGUCGCUGCCUUGGACAUACAGUGUGUGGGUGCUGUGACCAGACACUUGACUGAACUUUCCUCGCUGAGGCUUCGGAGCCCCUAAGAAAUGUCUGGCAGGUUUCCAGGCGGAAGCCUUGGGUUGGGCCUGUGGAGACAUUUAACGGUAGCUACAUGGGGUAGGCGAGUCCAGUGGGCAGAGUCUUAUUCCACACUCUCAUCUUAAAGUGUUCCUCUGCCUUCCUGCUGGGUACUUUUUUUCCUGUGGUACUUGCUGGGGACCAAACCACAGACCUUGAAUGUACUCUCAUCUUGCCUCUGCCUCCCAAGUGCCGGGAUCACAUGCAUUAGUCAGCAUGUCUGGCUCCCUCUGGCUUUUUUUUUUUUUUUUUUUUUUUUUUUUAAGAGCCUCAAGUCCAACUUCACUCCUUUCCUGCAUUCGUAUGCAAAACCCCUUUGGGGCUCUUUACUGGAGACAUUUGCUUUGAUUUCUGUACUGCUUUUCUUGCUUAAUAUCUGGUAACAUAAUUUCUCUUCAAGUAUGCCACGCACCUCAUUUAAAAAAUCACAUUCAAGAGGAAAGGCCUGACUCAAAGUGGAAGGCUUGCUGGGGUCUCUCAGAAGGUUCUAAGCACCAGGAUCCCAAGCCACAGCAAGCCUGCCCUUGGGCUGGCCUGUCUAGUGUCUUGGCGGCAUCUUCCCUCUGAUUUUCCUUGUCUCUCCUUCCCAAGCCUUUCUGCCAGCUAAUUAACUCUGUCACUGCUGCAAGCAUUUCCAUUCCCCAGCCAGCCGUGUACGCCGUGUGCCAGAACUGGCAGAGCCUACUCUGGAGAACUUAGGACUCUUUAAGGUGAUCAAAAUUGUUACAGCUUUUAAUGGCCCUAAGGCAAAAAUGUGUUAACCAGGAGUAAUUUAUUCUUUAUGUAUGUAAGAUAUUUGGAAAUGUUCAGCCUUGCUGGAAUUUUAUUCAGAAAAUAAUCUUUCUACAGAUUUGUACUUACAUUCCUUUGAUGACAGCCUGAAUCAUUUUUGUAACCCUUUUAUGACUUCAGCAAAUAUUGAGUUAUAUUUUGUUAUUGUAUGGAGUGAAUAUAUUUUAUUAUCUAAGAUAAAAGAUUUAUGCUUGUGUGGCUAAUAUACCUUUCUGGUUCAGACUGAAUUAUGAAAAUAGAGUAUACCUUCUAUCUGGAACAACUGCAUCUAAACUAUUAAUUCCCCCCAUUUUAAAAAAAAAAAAAAAAGAUACCAUUCAGUUGCCUUUAGUGAAUUAAGAGUAAAUGUAUUACCUAAGAAAUUGAAUUUACAGAGAAACUAUAUUUGAAAGUAAAUGUCUGAUUUGCAAAAUAAAUUUUUAUUUGAAA